CGUUUAUUGGCUGCUAUUUCUGCAUCGGUUAUGUAGAUUCUUACAUUGUACAUUGAUAAUUCCAAUUAAGAAUGAGUUAUCUUUUCAUAGAUAGGGCAAGAAUCGAAGGAAAUGAUUUACCAGAAAGGUUUAGGAUGUGUUUUUGAUGUGGUUUUGCUGCAUGAAGAUGUAGUAAUCACUAUAAUACUGCUUUUUGUUUGGAAAAUUCUUAUUAUUUAAGCAAUUGAUAGAUAAAAUAACUAUAAAAAAAGUAAUUGUAUUCUACCAUGUGAUAAUCCAUUGUGUUUUCAACUACUAUUAAACCGAUUAUGAGCAGAAGUAGGCUAAGAUUGUAUCUUUAGUAUUUAUUUUUCAUCAACUAUUAACUUAUGAACAUUUAUACGAAUGACCAAAAGAUGUUGCCUUUUUAAAGAAAAUUCCAUUUUGAAGAUAUUCCGAUGUUCCCAAUUCACAACUUUCAAAUCUUGUUAUCUUUUCUUAUUUUUUUGUUGUUUAAUCAAGUGGAAGUUGGGACGAGGUAUACAAGCAUUAAAAAUAUAAAUAUUUUGUUGCAAUUAGGCCUCUAUUCAUAAAAGAUUGACUUUCUUUAAUCCAAAGUGGCUAGGACUUAGGCUUCUUUUAGUUAACCUUCAUGAAUUUUUAUACUUACAAUAGUAUAUUUCUAUUUUUGUUUAAAAAAUUGACUUUCUAUUCAUAAAAAGAUUGACUUUCUAUUUUUGUAGCUUAUAACUCUAUAUAUCUAUCUAGUAAUUCUUCAAUUAGACUGCAUGACAUGACCUGACAUGACAUGAUAGAUUGGACUAUGAUUCAUCCUCAUCAUUGCAAAUUGCAACUUUUGUUCCAUUGACAUCAGUUUCAGUCCUAUGCACGUCAAACACAGUACAACUUUAUCUGUUCUGUCUUGUUUUCUCCUGCGUACUUCACCAUCAUUCUAAUAAAAUAUUAACACCUUUGAUUAUUUAUUUUUUUGUCCGCUUUUAAGUUUGACCAAUGCCAUAAGUCAACAUCCUUUUCUUUAUUGCUAAACCUAACAAUCUACUUUAUGUAAACGGUUACAUUUUUCCUAGAACAUGUAUAAUAAAUAUUUGUUGCAAUUAUGAAUUUAUGAUUUUCCUUCUACAUCAUUACCCAUAAAAAUGUCCAAAUUUUCGAUUUUCCAUAGUCCAAUAUUACAAUAAUAAAAAUAUUAGAUUCUGUGCAUUAAAAUCCAUGUAUGAUCCUUUAUUUUUACAAUUAUGAUUUCUUUCAUUUUCAUUUCAACCGAACACCCCCAAAUCUUUAUGUCCUUCUGAGCUUCCUCUAAACCCUAACUCUCAAAUCUGCAAUGGAUUCACGCCGCCCACGUGGGGCGGCAUUUGUCCCAAAAGUCAGGCAUGUUGGAUUUUUUCUACCUUCGGACCAAAAUACCCCUUCAUCUUCUCCCCUGUUAUCUGAACUCCCACCGGAAAAUCUCCGAUCUCCGGUGAUGAUCCUCCCUACACCGCUGCCCUGUUUUUCCGGUCAAUGCUGCCCGAUUCAGUCCACGGGCAGCAGCCAUCCUUUGGAUUGUAAGUUUAGUGGUGUUCAGGGAAUGAGUCUUUUGCUUGGGGGUAAAAUGGGAAAUUUUGUUUCUUCUCCAUCUAAUGGUGGAUUUGACUUGGCUUUGAUAAAGCCGGAAACUUCAUCGGAAAAAAUCAUAAAUGAUGUGACUGAAAAAGAUGGAGAUCAAUCUAAUGAGUCUCAUGAUGGACAUGGAACAAAUUCAAAGCCACUGAAAGAGAAAAUGUCAAAGGCUGAAAGACGUGCUCUUCAGGAGGCUCAACGAGCAGCAAAAGCUGCAGCAAAAGGCGAAGGGAAUUCAGGGUCAACAAAAUCGGUCAAACCUUCAAAGGCUUCAGUUCAAAAGAAAGACAACGCCUCGAUUGCAACUCAUGAGAAAAGAGGUGGUGAUAGGGCAAUAGAUAAGGAUAGAAAGAAAGAGAUCCCACAUCCUCGAAUGCAAUUUGAUGAUAUGAGUCGUGUGGAAAAAGCUAAUAAACGUGCAGUGGUUAAACAAACCGAGGUUAGGAACCGAGUUGAGCUUUUUAGACAUUUACCUCAAUAUGAACAUGGAACAAAGCUUCCCGAUCUUGAAAAAAAAUUCUUCCGUCUUAAUUCCGUUCAUCCUGCAGUCUACAAGGUCGGAUUACGUUACUUAGCCGGCGACAUAUCCGGCGGAAACGCGCGUUGCAUUGCAAUGCUCCAAGCCUUCCAAGAAGCCAUAAUGGAAUACUCACCACCACCGGAAAAAGCCCUAAACCGUGACCUAACCACCAAAAUCAAUAGCUACAUCUCCUUCCUCAUCAACUGCCGCCCUCUUUCCAUCUCAAUGGGAAACGCAAUCAAAUUUGUCAAAACCCGAAUUGCAAACCUCCCAUUAACCCUCUCAGAAUCUGAAGCAAAACAAAAUCUCUUAUCCGAAAUCAACCAUUUCAUCAACGAAAAAAUCCUCUUAGCAGACAAAGUCAUUGUUCGCCAUGCGGUCACCAAAGUUAGGGACGGAGACGUCCUUUUAACAUACGGAUCGUCUUCCGCGGUUGAGAUGGUGUUUUUGCGGGCCCACGAACUCGGGAAAAAAUUUAGGGUUGUUGUAGCGGAUUCGCGCCCGAAACUUGAAGGGAGGUUAUUGGUUAGGAGACUUAUUGGGAAGGGUAUAAGUUGUACUUAUGUUUAUAUAAAUGGGAUUUCUUAUAUCAUGCAUGAAGUUACUAGGGUUUUUCUUGGGGCUUCUUCGGUUUUGGCUAAUGGAACUGUUUAUUCGAGGGUGGGGACCGCGUGUGUUGCUAUGGUGGCUAAUGCUUGUGGGGUCCCGGUUAUUGUGUGUUGUGAAGCGUAUAAGUUUCAUGAAAGAGUGCAACUUGAUUCGAUUUGUUGUAAUGAACUUGGGGAUCCGGAUGCUAUAGCUAAAGUUCAUGGUCGUGAGGAGAUAAAUGAUUUGAAGGAUAUUGCAAAUGAUGAAAACCUCCAAAUUCUUAAUUUAACGUAUGAUGCAACGCCUUCGGAUUAUGUCUCAAUGAUUAUAACAGAUUAUGGCAUGAUACCUCCAACAAGUGUUCCUGUGAUUGUGCGUGAAUUCCGCAAAGAACAAAUAUGGAUAUAAAUUAGCAUCCGUGUUUGUAUGUGACUGAAGAAUGAGAAUUAUUCAGACUUUUUUUUUACUUUUUUUUUUUGGCGGCAAAUGGUUUAGGUUUUUUUUUUUAGGUUGGUUUUAAAGACAACCGGACUCGUGAAGAGUGCGAACUUCUGCCUCUCAGAGCUUUGGUGUUGACUGUUGAGUAUGUUGUGAUCUUUUGACUCCUGUUGUGGUUUUGACACCUGUUGUGGAUUUAGGUCAGUGAUAGAAAUUUAAAGUACUACAUUUUUGCCGCGGAUUAUUGUCUGUUUGGAUUAAAAGCUUUUUUAAAUCGAGACUUUUUAGUACAAAA